AUGCAUACCUCAUCGAUCCGUGCCGCGCUGGCACAUGCCUUCCAGAUCACGGUUCGACCGUCGUCGCUACGCAGAGGGAUUCCGACUUCUCUUUCUUCGAGCACCAAUCAUACUGCGCCGAAUCCAGGUUCCCCGAGCUCGAGAUUGUCCUUCUCGACAAGUACGGCUCAGUACGCGAAGAAGAAAGGCGGUGGCAGACCUGAUAGGAGAAUAACAUUAAUCCGCUUCUUCCUCCACCACCCCACGACCCUCACGCCCCGACCCCUCCGCUUCUCGCGCAACCGAUACCUGCGCCACUGGACCAUCGCACGGGCCUGGAACCUGUAUCGGCACAACCUCAAAAAAUCGCGCGAACUCGAGCUGGAGCGGCAGUACAACGCCAUGCGCGACGCGAAUGAGGAACUCCGCGUCGGAGCCGGCGACGGAGGCCGUCUGUUCAGAAAGGCGCAGAUGAAAACCGGUAUCUGGGGGAUAGGCGGGUCGAGUGCCGGGACUACUCCCGGUAGUACUUCGGGGCCUGGAGGGAGAGCCAAGGGAGGUGUCCCCAUCGAGUAUGCGCGAGGUUUGGUCGAGUGGGUGGGCAGCACGGGCGGGCUUGGUGUUGGAGUUGGAGGGGAAGAAGGCGCUCCUACCGAAGGAAGUGGCAGUAAAGCGAAGAUUUGGGAUUACGCUUGGAAAAGACAUUGA